GGGCAGUGACGGUGUGGAGGAUCGAUCUGCGCAGGCGCUAAGAUGGCGGCUGUUCGGUGCUGCUCGCGCCUGGUGUCGGUGACCUGGAGCCCGGCAGCCUGGGCCGGGACGGUGGGGAUACUCAGCAGCCGAGGCCUAUGUACCGCCUUUUGGAAGGCCUCUGGACUGUUGUCUGCCCGAGGUCUGGGCUUCGGUCUGGGCCUGAGGCUACGACUGCCCGGCUCUGUACCAUAUCCUUUGAGUGUUGCUGCAUUUCACACAUCAUCUAGUUUAGCCAAGACUGAUUAUUAUGAAGUGCUGGGGAUCCCACGGAACUCAACACAGAGGGAGAUAAAGAAGGCCUAUUACCAGCUUGCGAAGAAAUACCACCCAGACACAAACAAGGAUGAUCCAAAGGCAAAGGAGAAAUUUUCCCAGGUGGCAGAAGCUUAUGAGGUGUUGAGUGAUGAAAUGAAGAGGAAACAGUAUGACACGUAUGGGACCACAGGGUUUGAUGCAGGAGGGUCGAGGAGCCAGCAAUACUGGCAGUCGGGCCCUUCAGUGGAUCCAGAGGAGCUCUUCAAACGCAUCUUUGGGGAGUUUACCGGGUCUGGAUUCAGAGAUUUUAACACUAUAUUUGACCAACACCAGGAGUACAUCAUGGAGCUGACCUUCACACAGGCUGCAAAGGGAGUCAACAAGGAGAUUACGGUGAAUCUGGAGGACACAUGCCAGAGAUGCGAUGGUAAAGGAAACGAACCAGGAACUAAAGUCCAGCACUGCCAUUACUGCAAUGGAACUGGCAUGGAAACCUUGAACACCGGUCCGUUUGUAAUGCGCUCCACGUGUCGUCGGUGUAGUGGACGGGGAUCUGUGAUGACAACGCCCUGUAUUGUGUGCCGAGGUAGUGGGCAGAGCAAACAGAAGAGGACAGUGAUGGUGCCGGUUCCAGCUGGUGUGGAGGACGGACAGACUGUACGGAUGCCAGUGGGACGCAAGGAGAUCUUCAUUACCUUCAGGGUCCAAAGGAGCUCGACUUUUCGAAGGGAGGGAGCUGACAUUCACUCUGACCUGUAUAUAUCCAUAGCCCAGGCAGUUCUGGGAGGCACCGCACGGGCUCCAGGACUGCACGAAACCAUCAAUAUCACGGUUCCGGCUGGAAUUCAGGUUGAUCAGAGGAUUCGGCUUGCUGGUAAAGGUAUCCCAAAAGUCAACAGUUACGGAUAUGGAGAUCAUUACAUCCACAUCAAGGUGAAGAUCCCAAAGAGGUUGUCAGCCAGACAGAAUUCCCUGAUGGUGGCUUAUGCAGAGGAAGAGAGCGAUGUGGAAGGCACAGUGAAUGGAGUCGUCAAUACAGCUACAGGCACUAAAGCCCAGGCGACCACUGAGCCAGGAGGAAAAGAGUCAGAUCUGCCUGAGCAAAAUCCAGGGGAAGACAAGGAGGGAUUCUUUACUAAAUUAAAGCGAAUGUUUAGUUAACAUGUCAAGAGGAAAGCGUUCGAGUGGAAACUGAGCCCAGCCUGGGUGACCGGAUUGUGGGCUGGUGCACCGCUGUGAAGGAUGCACAUUUUGUGCCAUCACUGUGGCAGAGUGGCAGGGGGCUGCUGAAGGAAUUUCUUUCCCUUGAAACUGAACAGCAAGAACCUAGAGACUCUCAUUUUUCAAUAAGAAAGCCCUUAAAUUUUAUUUUGUAGUUUUGAUUACUUCUGUACAGUGAUGUCAAUGGCCAUGUAAAUAUAGUGACAGAUACAGUAUUUAAUUGCAGCUGUUGCACUAUGUAAUCAAUGUUUUGGACAACAUAAAAUAAUUGUUCUGAGGAUUGGAAUGUCUCUUCCAUUUAAAUCCUGUCAUAAAUCUUGAAGUAACUCAAA